AUGUUUCAUACAGAGAAAAAUCUUUCAAUUUCAGUAGACCUGGAUAUCUACCCAAACUGCACCUCUAAACUGCCAUCACUGAGUCAAGUGAACCCCACAAAAGUGGUCAUUAUGGUGUUUGUUGGCAUAUUCUUUGUUUUGUUUGGCUUACUGGGCAAUGUCCUGGUCAUUUUGGCUGUAGUGCGACAUCGUCACCUGCAUUCAGUCCCGCACUACUUGAUUGCCAACCUGGCCGUGGCCGAUCUCCUGCUAAGCUUUACAGUUGUGCCAUUUUACGCCUCUUUGGAGUUGCUGGACUGCUGGGUUUGGGGCCAGAGGCUGUGUGACAUGUGGUUAUCACUUGAUGUGCUCUGCUGCACCGCCUCCAUCUUCACCCUCUGUGUCAUCUCUGUGGAUCGCUGGAUGGCCAUCAGCAACCCACUGAGGUACCCAUCUCGGGUAACAACUAAGCAUGCACUGGGGGCUGUGCUGGCUGUGUGGGUGUUAUCAGCUGCCAUUUCAGUAGGGCCACUGUUUGGCUGGAAAAAGCUGAAGCCUGACAAUGACACUUUAGUGUGUAAAGUGAAUCAAGACAUAGGCUAUGUCAUCUUCUCCAAUACCUGCUCUUUCUAUGUGCCUCUCCUUGUAAUAUUAGUCAUGUACUGUAAAGUGUAUGUGGUGGCACAGAAGCAAAUGAGGAGUAUAAGGAAGGGUCUCUGGCAUGGCAAUGUAAAGGACAGGGAAAUGCACCACAGUGGCAAUGUCACACAACUUCAGGCUAAAGAUUCUUGUGGAAAUGAAGAAUAUCUUACUGGAAAAUGUCACUCAUAUGGAAUCCAAAAUAGGUUGAGAAAGUUUUCACGUGAGAUGAAAGCAGCAAAGACUCUUGCCGUGGUGGUAGGCUGCUUUGUCCUUUGCUGGCUUCCCUUCUUCCUCCUGCUGCCCAUCAGCUCCUUCUCUGAAAAUCACAGCUCUCUGGAUCAAGCGUUAUCGAUCUCGGCCUGGUUUUGUUACUUCAACAGCUGCCUUAACCCCAUCAUCUACCCCUGCUUCAGCAAGGACUUUAGAAAAGCUUUCAUCAAUUUCCUCAAUUUUUUUGCCUUUACAGAUUAA